AGGCGGGCAUUCCACUUCUUAAUACUGCAGAUCCAGUUUGCCUUUUCCUCUCGCGCCGAACCUGCCCUUCGUCCCUGCAAACUCCCAUUGGCCGUCCUCUGUGUGCUGGUCACUGUUGGAAGCACCGAAGGCUGGAAGCAGGGCUCUCUGGAGGCCUCCGUGGUCCGUGAUAUGACAAUGGCUUUAAUGUGCAAAGCCUGAGAGGCCAGUUGUCCCUGAUGCCCACUGUGCCUAGCAAACCUUUCCAUCUCCUGUGGCUCCGUUAACUCCAUCCACAUAAGUAAGCCUAGCAUUUUCCUUGACAAGCCUGGUUAUCAUUCUGAUGGCCUCUGCCCUUCUCCGUCACAUGUCACUCGGUUGCAGUGACAAAAGUCUUUCUCAACCAGAGAGUCAGCGCUGCAUGAACUGAACUUCCAAUUGGAUAUUGAGUGGAAUGAGAACUCCAUAUCUAAUUCCCAUGUAGACUGCUGCCCAACAAAUGAGAAUCGAACUGUUAGCAUCCUAAAAUUCACAGGCUGAAGUCCUCCCCAUUAACAGGCUGGAAGACCCAGGAGAAGGCCGGGCCUCAGGCGCCCACAUGAUCAGCACAGCCAGGGUACCUGCAGACAAGCCAGUGCGCAUCGCGUUCAGCCUCAGUGAUGCCCCAGACGAUACACCGUCCGAAGAUACCAUUCCUUUGGUCUUCCCAGAGCUAGAGCAGCAGCUCCAGCCUCUGCCGCCAUGUCAGGACUCCGUAGAAUCCAUGCAGGUGUUUAAACAGCACUGCCAAAUAGCAGAGGAGUACCAUGAGGUCAAAAAAGAGAUCGCCUUGCUCGAGGAAAGGAAAAAGGAGCUCAUUGCCAAGCUGGACCAGGCAGAGAAGGAGAAGCUGGACGCUGCUCAGCUGGUCCGGGAAUUUGAGGCUCUGACGGAGGAGAACCGGACGCUGAAGAUGGCGCAGUCUCAAUGUGUAGAACAACUGGAAAAACUCCGCAUCCAGUAUCAGAAGAGGCAAGGGUCCUCCUAACAUCCGUUGGUGAGACGUGAGUGUCAGAGGUUGUUGGCUGCUUUGCCCUGGCCAACAAGAUUUGUAUCUCAAAGGGGACAGAGAGUAAAAUCUACUGCUUCUCUUUAUUACCCACAUGGCAAAUGUCUAGAAUGAGUUUAGUGCUGCCUGGCUUCCAGCUUGAGAGAGGGAUAUUUUAUUUGAAGCGAGGUCAUUAAUGCAAAGCUCUCAGCAGUAUAUAUUUUCAUAGAUCAGAGUUCUUUUCCAAAGAUUUAUAUAUGUAUAUUUCCUAGUUAGAGCGAUAUGAUCGUACUAUUCAUUAGAGUAGAAAAUAAUAAAAAUAGAAUAUCGACUGGUCCCACUGAAAAAUCAUGAGCCAUAAAACAAGCCAGGAUGAUCACUGUAGUUUCACAUCUGUGCAUUUUAAAACUUUAUGCCUUUCAUAUUUCACGUCUGCUCAGCUACAAACCAUAGGAACGUCUUUCCACAUAGCUGAAGCUGGCAGAGUCAGGUGUAACUCUCCAGCGAUUGAUUGUCCUAAGAAUAAACGGUUGCGUAGCCUAAGUGCUCUCUCGUGAAAAUAUUAGCAGCCUUUACGGCCGUGCCCAGAGCUCACCGGCCAGUGCUGACUUGCUGUGUAAUAAAGAGCCAAGGCCGCCGCGCUUCCCCACUCCGGGUUAACACACAGUGGAUACGCUUGCCUUGGCCGUGUGCGUCUUGGGGAUCUGGGCUGGGGGGAAGUGGAGAGACACCAUUCGGACACACGUGGUUGCGUGUCUGUGGAAGGUCAGUGGAAUGGCAUACUAUCGCGAUGUUUGGGGUUUCCGGAAUCGUGUUAGGUCAGUAGUAACUGAGAGGAUGUGCCUGUGAAGUCAGAAGCAAAGCGACUUCCCGUUGUUCCAGCCGCCACGCUUUCCCACCCAUCUCUGUUCUGUGUCCAUUUCUAUUCACGUGACUUCUUUUUCAUUAAACACGAUCAAAAGUGCA